AUGUCAUUGGAUCUAGUCAAAAGAUUAUUUGAGAAUCCAAAUAUUACUUUUGACCUUCAUUUCAUCGUUUUGUUGGCAAUUGAAUCAAAUCAACCAGAAAUAUUAGAACUCGUUUUAGGCAAAUUCAAAUUAAAAAACCUAGUCAAUUCCACCCACAUAAAAAGAGCACUAAUGGUCAGCAACCCAGGAAUUAUUCGUUUAAUGUUGGACUAUUACCCUAUUCGUUGGGAUGGAUGGAUUCCCCCUAUUUCUAGAUUCAGUUUCAUUUACUACGAACCACUUUUGGCUUUCUAUUCAAAUGGUCAUUCCAUCAUUUUUGAUUCAAUGUCCAUUUUUUCAACUUAUUUGACAAACCCUGAAAAAGAAAAAAUAGUACCAAUGUCAAUAGAUGUCGUUAGAUUGAUGAUCAACCAUAAUACAAAAGUGGAACCUUGGAUGAUAUUGUCAUGUGGAAUUGGAUUACAGAAACCGAUAAAUGAAUCAGACCUAUCAUUCAUUUCAACAACCGCAGUUCCAUUAGUCAAAGGUCUUGGUGGUUAUGAACGUUCAUUUACCUAUUAUGUAAUUGAAGAGGUUUUAAUCAAUGCAACCAAGAAUGGAGAUAUGAAAUUGCUUAAAUGUCUAUCAAAUUAUAUUUGGAGUUUUGAAGCAAGAAUAUUCCAAACUGCAGUAAGAGAAAAACAAUUUAAAAUUGCUUAUUAUUUUGGUCAACUAUUCUCUAAUGUGUACCCUCAUUCAAUCAACAGAUAUUGUAUUCAAUUUAUCUUGGUCUCAUUUUAUGAUAUUGAAAAUGAUGAUGAUUUUGAUUUACUCUGGAAUCUUUUCAAACCUCUUACAACCAACUCGAAAAUGGUCACUGAAAUGCUUGUUUCCUCUACAAAUUAUGUUUUACAAAACCUACAUCAUAUCUCCAAUACAAUUGAUAGAAUCAUUCAAUGUUAUACUAGAUUUUACAAUGGUCCAGAAAAGGAGCAAUACCAAAUGGAACCACUACGAUUGGAUAUAUCUACAUAUUGGGAAACAUAUAACCUCUACUAUCUAUUCUCGAAAUAUAGAAAUAAUCCUAUCAUCCAUUUAGAUCACUUCCAAUUUGAAUACUAUUUUAAUGGUAUGACCGAUUGUGGUUUAAUUCCUUAUGAAUAA